GUAAAGAAAUUCCCAACAAAUCUCUCUCUCUCUCUCUCUCUCUCUCUGCAAUUUUUUAAAACUGGCAAGAUGAAGAAGAUGGAAGACGAGGCAAUUCGCCAUUAAUUCAAAACAAUCGGCUCAAGAAAUGGUCAGAUUCGACGACCCCAUUUCUUGAAAACGCGUUCUGCCGUUUCUCGGCCCCUCAAAAUCCUUUCUUGAUCCGCAGAUUCGCCUCCCUUUCCGUGUCCCAAUUCCGGGUAAUCCCAUGAUCGAUCCCUCGUGCAUUCUCCUGAUCGUCGCCGCUUCGUAAUGAACGACUUGGACGGCCUGUUCGCCCCCGAUUUCGGCCUCAAAUCGCAGGUCAAAUCGGCCCCAAUGUCCGCCCCCAAGCCCUCCCCCAAUUCCCGAUCCUUUCCCGCCGACCCAGAUCCUGUUUCGAGCUCCCGGGGCGCCCAGAGAUCGGAGAACCUCGAGAAUUAUGGUGGGUUCGACCGUACGAAGGGACCCAGAAAGCCGGAUUUCGGUUCCGCGCCCGUUUCGGGCUCGAAGUCGUCCUCGAGCCUGCCGCGUUACGAUAAGCCCGUUUAUGAUGAAGGUGAUGAUGAUGGUGAUGUGUUGGAUCGCGUGCUGGGAUCGAAGGGCUCUUCUAGUGCGAGCGGCGGUGACCACUUCGACGAUCUUUUAGCUGGAGUUGGGAAGAAGGACGACGGUCCUAGGAGUAGAGCUGCGAAGAACGGGGAUAAGGGUAUGCAGCAUUUCGAUGCUUUGUUACCUGGGUUUGGGAGGAAGUCUUCUCCGAUCGGAAGACCAAAUCCUGAGUCAAGUUGGUCAUCUAGGCCUAGGACUCACACUAGUAAAAUGACAGAAGACCCCUUUGUGGUAUUGGGAUCUACCUCACCCCAUGUUGCCUCAUCUUCUAAUAAGACAGGUAAUGCUGGAAGCACGGCAGCUGAUGGUUCAUCUGCUUCCGCUGGCGAAAUCCACAAUGGUUCGGAAAUGCUUAGUAGUAUUAGAAAAUCCGCACCAUCCUUUUCAUUCAAUAAGAAUGACCAGUCAAGGAGGGAAAUGAAUGUGGAGAAUGGCAGCAAAUUUCAACAUACAUCUUUUGACAUGGCUUCAGGCUUGAACCGCUCCCAUAAAUCUACUGGCCAGACUGCUUCUUCACCAAUAUAUGGGAAGGGUAGUAUUCAUGACACAAAGACCCAGGGCGACAGCUCCCCUUGGUCUGAACAGAAUGUGGGAUCAUCUGAUGAAGUUUGGCUCACUGUGUCCGAGAUCCCUCUUUUUACACAACCAACAACUGUGCCUCCACCAUCUAGACCCCCACCCCCUCUGCCAACCCGAAUUCCAAAGGCAGUAAGUAGAUUAUUUGGAUCAAAAAGUGCAAAGAAGAAGAUCAAUGAUUCUUCUUCAUUCGCAAAUCCCACUCAACGCUACCACAGUCCAAAAUCAAUACCUUCGAUGACUAAGGUGUCAUCUCCAUCAGCUGUGGAUGAACUUGAAAAGUUUGCCAGGGGCAGUAGCCCUAUUAAUCCUGAUGAUCUUGCAAAUGGUCUUUCUAGGGAGGAACAUGCUAGGAAUACAAACGCUGCUGCGUCGUCUGCAGCUAUGAAAGCAGCUAUGGAUAGAGCUGAGGCAAAGUUCAGGCAUGCGAAGGAAGUAAGGGGUAGAGGGAGUACUAAAGCUGCCAGAAGUAAAGAUACACAGCUGGAAGAGGAUGAGAAUGUAUAUGACUCUCAAGAGCAAGCUUUCAAAGAAAAACAAAGGGAAGAGGAAGAGAGGGAGCAAAGGAGACUUGAGAAGGAGAGGGAGAGAGCCAGAGAGAUUGAGAGGGAAAGGGCUCGACAAGCUGUGGAAAGGGCUACAAGGGAAGUUCGUGAGAGAGCAGCUGCUGAGGCUCGCCUUAGAGCUGAAAGGGCUGCUCUUGAGAAAGCUAAUGCUGAAGUUAGAGAACGAGCAGAACGGGCUGCUGUCCAGAGAGCACAAGCAGAAGCCCGUGAAAGGGCUGCUAAUGAGGCCAAGGAAAGAGCUGAGAAGGCUGCUGCUGAAGCAAGGGAGAGAGAAGCACGUGAGAAGGCUGCAGAGGCUCGGAUAAGAGCAGAAAGAGCAGCUGUAGAAAGAGCCACUGCAGAUGUUAGGCAAAGGGCUACUACAGAGGCUCGUCAAAAAGCAGCAGCAGCUGCUGCUGGGGCUUCAAGGGCUAGUCAAGCCAGUAAUGAUAAUGAUCUUGAUUCCUUUUUCGAGAUGGGUUCUCAUGCCACCACAGCUCCAAGGCCAAGAGUAAAUUCAUCGGAUCCUGAAUUUGAUACAAAAACUCAGAAAAGGCAAAGGCCUGAAGCAGCAAAGCCAUCUGCUGCAACAUCAUCUAACAUAAGAAAACCAUCUUCAACAGCCAAUCUUGCUGAUGAUCUUUCCUCUCUUUUUGGUGGUGCUGCACCAUCCAGAGAAUUCCAGGAAGUUGAAGGAGAAACUGAAGAAAGAAGAAGAGCCAGACUGGAACGCCAUCAGAGAACGCAAGAAAGAACAGCCAAAGCACUUGCUGAGAAAAAUCAGCGUGAUCUUCAGACUCUAAAGGAACAGGAAGAGAGACAUAGGAUUGCUGAAACACUGGAUGUUGAGAUAAAGCGCUGGGCUACUGGAAAAGAGGGGAACUUGCGUGCUUUGCUAUCGACUUUGCAAUAUGUGCUCUGGCCUGAAUGUGGUUGGGAACCUGUUUCUCUGACGGAUUUGAUUGCUGCUGCUUCAGUUAAAAUCUAUAGGAAGGCAACUUUGUGUAUUCAUCCUGACAAGGUGCAGCAAAAAGGUGCCAAUCUUCAGCAGAAAUAUAUUGCCGAGAAGGUUUUUGACUUCCUUAAGGAAGCUUGGAACAAAUUUAAUUCAGAGGAGCUCUUCUGAACUCUUGAGACAACCUUUCAGCUUCAAGCUAUUUUAAGCAAGCGUCCCAUUUCUUUCCUUGGCAGAUACUCCUGGAGGACAAUGAAUGUCUCUGAGGAAUAUAAUCUUGCCAAUAUUGCACCCGUUUUGAAAUACAGUAUAUUUAAGGAAGUUCAUCCUCUGAAGUUGCCGAAACUGUUCUCCUCGUAGCCAAUGAUUUACUUAGGGUUGCCAAACAAGUACAUUCACUUGGGCUAUGAGGAUCUUGCCGAAACUGUUCUCCUCGUAGCCAAUGUUGUAGGUUACUGCAUGGAAGAUCCUGUGGUUGCGCCUACAAUGAAUUCCCUUGCAUUGUCCAAGUGACGAGGCUAAAACUCAUUGCCUUUUGCAAUCCGCCGCAACAAAUAUAAUAGCAUUGUGUAUACAUCUCAUGGGAUUGGAACAUUACCAUUUGUACCAAUUUGCUGGUAUACUUGUAAGAUAUUUUUAGCGUGGGUAAAUUGUCGAUAUCCCCCUUUAAGGAUAUUUAGCGAGCAAACCCCUCCACUUUGAAAACAGUGAAAGCUGUCCCUAUACUUUGGAUAUUGGUGAUAGAAGUCCCUCUGUACUCCGUACCUUAAGGUUCCUAGCAGGAACAUUUUAUGCAGUAGCAUGGGAGAUUGCUACUUCACCACAUUCCUAACUCCAAUAGAAUUCUUGUCAAAAGUUGGAUGGACGUCUCACUAGUAUCCAAAGCAAGGACUGACUGUGCUACUUUCAAGUUAGGGGGACAGCUGGCUAAAAUUACCAAAGUAGCGGAGGUGUCUCGGUGAUUUAGCCCUUUGUUUUGAUUGUUCAGAUUAUUGUCUAUAAGUAAAAGGCUGAAUGGUGACAGGUACUUCCCUUUGA